AUGCUGACUUUUGUUGUGUUCUUGAUUUGUGCAGCCUCAUCUGUCUCAGCUUCUGCCAAAGGUGCUGCUGCUGGACCUCGACUGAACAACAACCAGCUGUACAAAUUCAGCUACACCACUGAGGUUCUGGUAGACAGAGUCAGAGGGUCAAAAGAGGGCAGUGCUGGCUACAAGAUCUCAAGUGAUGUGAAUGUUAACCUGGUUUGGAGAGAUCAGACCAACAAGGAUGACCAGCUGAUUCAACUGGCGAUCUCAAAUUUGAGGAUAGAGCCUGUGUCGCCCAGAUCAGAGAAAAAGAACAUCCUACAUGGAUCCACAACCAAAAGUAUUUUGGGAAAAAAUAAACUAGCAGCUCUAACAAAGCCUUUCUUGGUGCAUCUAAAAAAUGGAAAGGCAAAAGCAUUUUAUUCCUACCGGUCAGAACCUGCAACAGUCAAGAAUCUAAAACGAGGCCUGGCCAGCCUGCUGCAAGUGCAGCUCAGUACUGGGAAGGUUGUAGAGAAUGAUGUGUCUGGGAGGUGUACUGUUGAGUACAAGGCAGUAAAAGGUCAAGUAACAAGAACCAAGAAUCUAGAGACAUGUAAGACAGAAGAGACUGGAUUUACCACUCACAGUAAGGUCCUGGGUGUGAGUAGGAAGGCCAGUUCUGUUACAGUGUUCACACUUGAAAAUGGUUUCAUACGCUCAGCUGAGGCUGAAGAAACACACUCCCUGGCUGUUAAUGCUCGCAGAUCUGUUGCAGCUAAAGUCGUGUCCAAGCAAAGCCUGAAAUUGGUUGGUACAGAGGCAGGACCACUGGAGGCUGCUGGGAAAGAUGCUGCUGCGGUUGUCAAGUCAAUGGAUACCAAACUGGCAGCUGUUGGUAUUGCGGCUGAGAAGGUCAAAUCUGAGUGCAAAGGCUGCCCAUCGCUUUUCGAACAUUGGCAGGCUGAGAAGAAGCAGCUGGAGCCAGAGAGCCUGUCCAAAGCCAGGGCUCCUCGGAGCUUCCUGGCCCUCAUCCAGACCAUUAGGAAGGCGCCCAAGGACGAGAUCCUCAAAGUGCUGAAGAGUGCCAGCAAGACGUCUCUACCUCAGGUUGUUGAUGCUGUAACAUCCUCCCAGACCUCUGAAUCCCUGGAUGCCAUGCUGGAAUUCCUUAACUUCACUGAUGCCAAAGGUUUGGUUCUGCAGGAGAGGUUUCUCUAUGCAUGUGGCUUUGCUUCACAUCCCAAUGAGAGAAUGCUCCAGGCCCUGCUGGAUAUUUCUAAAGGGAAGAUCGGCAGUACUGACAUCAAAGAAUCUGUGGUGAUCAUUAUGGGAGCCUUGGUCCACAAACUGUGCCAGAAAGGAGGCUGCAAGUUACCUACCGUGGAGCAGGUCAAGAAGAUGAUAUUGAACGGUCCCGACAGCACGACGGUUGAGUCGGAGGUCCAGAUGUACCUUUUGGCCCUAAAAAACUCUCUCCUGCCUGAGGCCAUUCCUAUCUUCACAAAAUAUGCUGAAUCAGAAGUGGGAGCCUAUAGCACCAUUGCCCUCACUGCCCUGCAGAGAUAUGAUGUGAAUCUCAUGACCAGUGAGGUCAAGCAAACAGUCAACAGGGUUUAUCACCAGAAUCGCCGCAUCUAUGAGAAAAAUGUGAGAGCUGCCGCUGCUGACGUCAUUCUCAGUAGCAACCCCACAUACAUGGAGGUGAAGAAUCUGCUUCUGUCCAUCGGAAACCUGCCACAUGAAAUGAACAAGUACAUGCUGUCAAAGAUCCAGGACAUCCUCCGCUUCCAGAUGCCUGCCAGCAAAGUGCUACGGCAUGCUAUGAAGGACAUGAUUUCUCAUAACUAUGACCGCUUUGCAAAGGUUGGAUCAUCAUCUGCAUUUUCAGGAUUCAUGGCUCAGUCCUCCGAUCUGACCUCCACAUACAGUUUGGACAUCUUAUAUUCAGGCUCUGGGAUCCUCAGAAGAAGCAACAUGAAUAUUUUUGGUGCUACUAACGAAGCAAUGCUACAUGGAUUACAGGUGGCGAUCGAGGCCCAGGGUCUGGAGUCUCUGAUUGCUGCCACACCUGAUGAGGGGGAGGAAGACCUGGAGUCAUUUGCCGGGAUGUCGGCUCUGCUUUUUGACAUCCAGCUGCGACCCGUCACCUUCUUCAAGGGUUACAGUGACCUCAUGUCUAAAAUGUUCUCCAUGACCGGAGACCCCAUGAAUGUCGUGAAGGGUCUCAUCCUGCUCUCGGAUCAUUCUGAGGUCAUCCAGCUCCAGUCUGGUCUGAAGGCAAGUGCGGAGUUUCAAGGAGGUCUCGCCAUUGACAUUUCUGGAGGCAUGGAGAUCAGUCUGUGGUACAGAGAGUCCAAGACCAGCGUCAACAACAGAGGAGCAUUAGUCAUCACUGGCAACGUUACUGUGGACAUGGACUUUUUAAGAGCAGGUGUGGAGGUCAGCUUUGAUACAGAGGCAUCACUGGACUUCAUCACCACCGUCCAGUUCUCAGAAUACCCCUUCCUGGUGUGCAUGCAGAUGGACAAAUCUACCUUCCCAGUCAGUGAAUACCUGACCAAGUAUGAGAGCCUGCCAUCAGGGAAGAGUGUUGUAUCUCGCAAAAGCAAAAAGACACUCGUUCCUGGUUCCGAAUUCCCUCUUCACCAGGAGAACUCGAACAUGUGCAAGAGGGUUUUCGACUCCAACUGGUAAAAAAGAAGCCGUCAGAUUUCAAAAUGCCCAAGUGCUUCACUGCAUUCAGGGACAGCAGCCACACCUCUGGUGUGACAAAGCAGGUUGUGAAAAAGCAGUAAAAGACCAUAAGAAAAGAAAAGUGGUGCAUUUUUUUUUAUUAACAACACAUGCAAUGUUUACAUUCCUGUGAGUAUUUAAGUCAUUGUAAUUCAACCUUUUGUUUCCAAUCAGGGAUCCUUUCUUUGUGUUUUUAUGGAUUUAUUUGAAAAUGUAUUUAUGAUGGGCACAUACAAGAUGUAUGUUUUAUAUGAUGUGAAAUACUCAGCAUGAAUAGUGCCACUGUAAUCUUCUCCAACACAGUUACAGCAAAGAGGAACGUGUAAAUAUCAGACUUCAGAGCGCAAUUUAACUCAGAACACAUGUGCUCUUUUCCUGAACCAAUUCUUCUUUUCUUUUCUUUUUUUUUUAAAUUAAAUGUAUUUUAAAGAGGAGCAGUUUAUUGUUUUACAUCACUGUAUAACCCUUGACAGGCUUGAAAUAACUUCAGGGUAAUGCUCUCAAUUAAUUCAGUCUUUUACAAUCUUGUUGAAGAUUUAAGUUGCUCCUACAAAGUUAACAGAUUUGUUAGCCUUGUCAUUACUUUAUGAAUUAUCAGAUGAAAACUGAAUCCAUAAAAGUGAAUCCAUUACCAUAAUUUAUUUUUAUUUUUUUUUGUAUAGGAAUAUAAUUGAUGUUUGUCUGAAAAUGUUUGGGUACAGCAUGAACUUGAUUCCAUGUUAAGGAAACAGAUUGGUUGACAAAAAGUGUACACACUGAAAAUAUGUUGCUUUUUGACUCAGUUUUCAGUGAAGCAAAUUUACAUAAUGCACAACAUUUCUGAUCUGUUGUGCCCGUGCUCCACCAGUUUUACAUGUUAAAGUCGCUAUAUUUGUCUACUUACCCCAUGAAAGCGAUUGAAUGUAUGCAUGUACAGUGCUGCGCAAACAUUUUAGAGACAAAAAUAAACUCAGGAUGCUUCUAAAAACUA